GUCCACGUUGUUAUUGGUUAACAGUCACACUUAAGCUAUUGACGGAGAAAUACGCUCUCUCAGUCACUCUCAGCGGACUGACAGAGCUGUGAAUAAAUAUCAUUAAUGCGUUAUUUUAUUAUUUUGUUAAAGAAUAUUGUCAAUACGAAUGCGAAAGAAAAUAUGAAAAUAUUCUUAAGGAAAAUAUGAAAAUAUCAUAUAAAUGAAAUGGAAAAUUAUUAUAUAUUUCAUGUAGAAUUAUCUAUACGUUAGUUAGAAAAGUUUAAGAGUAUAAGGAAGUAAAUCGUGUCUUGUUUACCUAUGGCAGAACCGGAAGCGGAAGCAGAGGGCGAGGUAGAACCAGAGUCAGAAAGUGAGGUUGAACCGGAAGGUUCUACUGAGCCAGAACCAUACUGGCCUUUAGCAUUUCAACAAUGGGGAUCGGCAUGGCAUUUACACACGUAUUCAGUUGCGUGCAUUUUCAUGUUCAUAGCCAUUCUUGCAGCAAUGAGUAUGAUUGUCUAUUUAAAGAACAAACAGGUGCUCAAACAAGUAACCUUGACAUUUACUUUGCAGUGCUUGUUGCUGUAUUUCACUUUGCUUCGGUCAUUGGUAAUGUUUAUCAACCCUUACCAAACAGUGGAAAAAAUUAACGACACAGUGUUCCACAUGAUGUGGUCAUUUUCUUUACCAGGACUCACAGCAGCUUUCAGUGUGUUAUUGUUAGUUUUCUUGGACACAACUAAAAUGACAUUAGGACCUCCAGUGUUUCAAAAAUUGUCAGUACUGUUGAUAUUCACCGCUUGCCAUUUUGUUAUCGUUGUAUCAGCUGACAUUAUUUGUGCUCUCGUCACGAGUUCCUGUGCACCCAUGCUGAUGUUCUGUCAAGCUCUGUUUAUACUCUACGGGACCUUGUUGGCAGCCGGUUACGCCUAUACAGCGAUUUCUUUACACAGAAAAUGUGUCACCGGCGUUAUUAGUGCGGAAGAAAACAGAAAAAUUAUUCGUCUCAUAAAAAUCUCAGGAUUUGCCUCAUGCAUCGCCUUAUCUAUUGCCGUGACGCAUCUUUAUGCGGCUUGCAGCGAAUUCGGAAUUUACAGUGACGUCAUCUACGUAAACGCUUGGGAUUGGUGGAUUCUACAGUCGGUUCUUAGAUUUGAAGAAAUUAUGUCAUCUUGCCUUAUUCUGCUGAUAGCAUUCCGCAACCCAUUUGUUGGAAAUUGCAGAAUAAGAAACUGGAUGUUAAAAUCACUCCAUAGGAAAACAACUCCCUUGCCGCAAACUGAUGUUUCACCGUUAGAUAAGACACAAGUGACAUAACGAUUUCCGCUAAGUGAAGACAAUUGGCGUUAUCACUGUGCAAAAUGGUAAACACAGAAUGAACGACAACUCAUGUGUUAAAUGGUGCCAGUAAAUUGUGGGCAAUGAAUUUCUAUGAUGGUCCAAAGUAUGGUCGGGACAACCAAUUAGAAUAAUUUGUAUUAGUCAAUAUGUAGGCCUAAAUUGGUUUCCAAUUAACUGAGGGCAUCGCAUUUGCAAUGUGUCAACAAUUAAGUGCAGGAAAAUUAAUGAAUACGGAAAAUCUAAAUAAUUAGAAUAAUUAUGUUAAAAAAAAAAAGACCCAGUGCAACAACAAAGAAACUAGUGCGAAAAGAAGAUAUCGGCUACAUAGCUAUAUAUGAUUAAAGCAGCAUAAAACAAUGUAUGAUAACGUCAGCUAUGUGCAAUUGUACCUACGAUAUUUUCAGUUUUUUAUACUUUUUCAGUUUGUUUGUUGACAAAAUUGUAUAAUAUUUUAGUGAUGCUACAAUAGCUGACAUGUUAUUUAUAAAAGAGAAGUACUAAACACUAAUAGAUACCCUUUUUGGCACUGCGUAGUGAAUAGUGUUUCUUGUGGCAAAACUGUGAAUUUUGUUAAUUAGAUAGAGAUGUUACUUAAGGAUUUAAAAUUCGGUCUUGACUAUGAUUUCCCUGCCUGGAUUGAUAUUCACCACGUUAAUAAGUUAGAUACAAGUACUGGCGUGUUUUCUCCACUUGUCCACUUCUCUAUUCUAUUAUAUUAUGUUAUAUUAUAUUAUAUUAUAUUAUAUUAUAUUAUAUUAUAUUAUAUUAUAUUAUGUUAUAUUAUAAAGUGUGUAGGUUUUUAUACCUUGGCUUAGCGGUAUCGUUUUAACAACAUUUCUUAAAUAAACCUGAAUAAUGUAAUGAAAAGUGUUUAAGCGCCAAUUCUUUAUUCAGUCCAAAUCAUUUUUAACAUUUAAUCAGGUAAUAUGCAUCUAUGUAAGUGCCAUCCUAUUAGUCUUACAAAUAUAAUAGAACAAAAUAAUAUGACCAGUAAUGAAAUCUGUAAGAAGAUCCUUUGGAAGCAUAGAAUGCAACCAAGCAAAAUAAUAGCAGACUCGGUUUGACUGAGUCUGUACAUGAGAGGUAAAGGAAAGUGCAACACCCCUCACAUCCCCCUAAGCAGAAUUCUAUAACAUACAUAUAUUGAAUGAACUCCAUGAUUC